AUGGCACUAACCCACCUCGGGUAUCCGGGGAAACUCCUCGAACUCGACGAUGGAACAACAUACGCAUACCUCUACCUCGCCGCAACCACCGCAACAAUGACGACCUUCCUCCUCCUGCACGGAUUCCCGAGUUCGAGCUACGACUGGCGCAUCCAGAUCCAGAACUUGACGGAUGCAGGGUAUGGAGUCCUAGUACCUGAUUUGUUGGGGUACGGGGAUACGGAUAAACCUGUGGGUGUGGAGAGUUAUCGGUGGAAGAGGAUGGCGGCGCAUAUUGUGGAGAUCUUGGAGCAUGAGGGGUUGGAGAGUGUGGUGGGGGUGGGGCAUGAUCAGUAUGUUGUGUUACUCUUUUUUUUCUCUUUUUCAUCUUUGGCUCUUUCUCUGUUGAGGUGUUUUGAGUUCAUGUCUCCAAUACUUGAUGCACAUUUUACUCUUUGAUAUAAAGUCGCAAGUGAUCCAAACCAUUACACCCAAACUAACAUCCAUACCCAAAAGUGGUUGCAACCUCCUCUCACCCCUCCACUAUUACCAUCCCGAAAAGUUCUCCUCUCUAGUCUUCGUCUCAGUCCCUUACUCAGAACCAGGGCCCUUCGACAUAGGUAUCUCUUAACGCCCCUCCCCCUUCCCAUGUGAGUUUAACUAACACUAACAUCCCCCUUCCAGAUACCCUCAACAUCCAAACCAAAGAACGAUUCGGCUACUCCCUCUACGACUACUGGAAAUUCUUCAAUGAAAGCUCUGCCGCCUCGGUUAUAGAAGCUCAUGUACGUACAACAACUUUUCUCCCCUCCAUCACUAAUAUCUAUCUGAAGAUGAGAAGCAAGAAGCUAAUACCAAGAAACACAGAAUGACGCAGCAACUUCACUUUUCUACCCUACCGUCCCCGAACUAUGGAUCUCAGAUUUCGCACCCAUAGGCGCAGCAAAAGAAUGGAUCCUCUCUGAUAAAGUGGUUUUAUUCCCUCCUUGGCUUUCCCCAGAAGACGCUGCGAUACACAGCGAGAUCCUGCUGAAAGGGGGCUACACCGGACCUUUGAACUGGUAUUUCCCUUCUCUCUUCCUCACUCCUUCCCCCCUUUCUCCUCCUGAUAAAACCCCCAAAACCAACAACACCCCCAACCAGGUACAAACAAAUCAUGCAACACACCUCCGCCGCCGACGAGCUCACCAUCCCCGACGCAAACAAAUACGUCGACACCCGCACGCUGCUCGUACUAGCAGGCAAGGACUUCGUCGCUCGCGCCGAUCUCGGGGCGCAGAAUCCGAAUGGGAGGUUGAGGAACUACGAGGUGAAGGUUUUUGAGGAGGGGGGUCAUUGGAUCCCUGUUGAGCAGGGGGAGAAGUUGAGUAGGAUGUUGAUGGAGUUUGUGGAGAGUGGGAAUGUGAAUGCGACGGGUGUUGUGUAUGAUGGGAAAUAG